UCAUACAGUAAAGAUUUUAUAGAUAAUGUAUUCUUCCAAGCAUAAGCAUCUAAAUGGAGAACGUCUUAAAAAAUCAAAAAAAGACAAGAAACUUUCAAGUUUAAUAAAUAACUCUGACUCAGAUACUGGCGAAGAAAGUGAACAUGAACUUUCAUAUUACAUUGGAGACAGAGUUAAAUUAAUGAAGGAAGUUUUAAAGAUCGUUAAGCCACGCAAGAUAUUUGCUAUGGCACCAGAUUGCAUGAGAAAUAUGGAUAAAGAUGAAAUUAAUUCCAUGCUUUUAGAAGAGCUACUAGGAAUUUCAAAUAAAAGGCUAAAAUAUAUCUUUGAAGGCAAAAAUUUGGAUGAAGAAAGUUCUACUGAUGAAGACCAACCUGUGGAUGUAAUAUCACUUGACGACAUAAGUGAUGACGAUUUUGUAAUUAUCUCAGAUGAAGAAGGGCAAAUUAACAAAUCUGAAAAACGUAAAAAAAUAAAAGAAGAACUUAAAGAAAAGUCAAGAAAAGUAAAAAAAGAGAAAUUAGACAAAAUUGAUGCAAAUAAUAAAAAUAAAGUAAAAAGUAAAAAUAAAAAUGUUUCUGCAGAAAAAGAACCAGUGGGUGAGGAAAAUCUUAUGAGCGUUUUGGAGUUGUUAGAAUUACAAGCUAGGGCCAGAGCUAUUAGAUCCCAAUUAGAACUGGAAAAUAGGAAAAAGAAAGAGCACAAAGAUAUUUCCGAACCUGCUCAAAAUAUAGAGGAUGAGGACGACGAUGAAAUCAUUAUAGAAGUUCCUAAAGAAGAAGAGAUUGUCAUUCCCUCGAGUGAUUCAGAAAAUGAAAAAAAUGACGAUUACAGUAGCCAGAGCAAUUCAAAACACAAUGUACAAGAAUUGGAUAAUAGACCUCGAGAAAUAGAAAAUACCGAAGAACUAUUAGUAGAGAGUGCAAGUAGUGAGCCGAAAAAUUUAAAGGAUGUCAUUGAUAUUAAUGCGGGAAAAGAUGAUAGUCAGGAAGAAAUAAUGGCCGUCUCUAGUGAAAGUAAUAUUCCCAGUGACAAUACUAAACUAAUUAAAGAUGGUGAAGACAUGCCAACUUCCAGUAACGGUGAUACACAAGUACCAGAAAGUGAAGAAACAAAACAAUGCGAGAAAACUAGUAAAAUAAAAUGUGAAUGUUAUAAAGACGAUGACGACGUUUCUAACACAGAUGUAGUCAGUAGUAUUAAUAAUGACGAUGAUAGUCAAUCUAAUGACGAGACAACUAAAAAUGAGUCAAAAGAAAAGAAAUUACGUCAUUUGAAAAAUAAAUUGGAAAGCUAUAAGAAGGAAAUGGCUGUACAUCAAAAUAUUAAAAUAUUGGAAGACAUAGUUGUGAAAGAAAAGGCUGACCAAAACAACCAAGUGCUUGAAGAAAAUGAUGAUUUAGUAAUUAAUGUUGACCAAGAUGACUUGGAUUGUAUAAUAUGUGAUUAAAUAUUAAUUUACGUGUACUUUUCUAAGAUGUAUAACACGAUAUUUAUAAAUAAAAAGAUUCUUUAAUAAUUGUAAUAAUUUAUUAAGUAUAGUAAUUUAUUAUAUAACACAUAACUACUAAUGAAGGGUAGGCAGUACGGAAGUGUAAAAUGGCCAAAACUUCUGAAGUAUACAUAAACUAAAAACAACAAAGAAAAAAAUAUUCAAAAAAACAUUACUUUUCGAGCAUAAAUUAUUUUAAUAAAUAUUUAUGGGCUUGAUGAAAAAUACGAAAACAUUUUAAUUCCUUACAAUUGAAAUAUAUUUUGGAAAAUUUAGCUAUUUCAAACAAGGCACUGUACCAUUUAGAUCCUGAUCAUAAACAGUAUUAAAAUAAAAUAUGUUGGAAAUACCAAAAAACACAGUUUAGUUAGUUAACCAAUAGUAGCCCAUAGCAUAUCAAAGUAAGUAUAUUAUAUAAAAACGCCAAAUUAAAUAGAAAUAAGUCCUAGAAUUUUCUAAGGUAAGAAUUUUUUCAACCACAAAAAAGUCCAAUCUAGAAACGGCUCUGCAAA